AUGGCCGUAGAUCGAACGGAGGAUUAUCGCGACACGGUGAAAUCUCUCGCUGUGCGGCUUGGGUACGACCAGGCUCGCCUGGCGCAGGUCUCAUCUGCCAUGAUGCUCAAACCCACCUCAGGGGGCGGCGAAGCUUCCACGAAGGACGCCUUCGCCAGGCUGGCAUGUGACGUGCUAUCAGACGAACGUGCGCUGCACUCUGCCUUGAUGAGCGAGGGGCGGGAAUACUGCAGUGCUGCUUCGGACCACGUGGUUGGGCAUGGGGUGAUGGAGAGACGGCGAGAUGCGUUCGAAGCAAAGGUGGGGGGCAUGGUGAAGGAGUGUAAGGAGGGGAUAGAGGCGCUGCGAUGCAGAUUGCCCCCACCAGGAGGGGCCAUGGGGCGGAACGCACAGUUGACAGCGCAUCAGCAUGGCGUGGUGCUCAUCCUAACCGAGCAUCUGCAGCUUCUCUCCUCCACCUUUGAGCGCCUGAGAUCCACCCGGCUGCAGCGGAUGCUGGCAGACAGCCAGCGACAGAGGCAAGGAGGGGGGCAGGGCGGGGGACAGGGCACAUUAGGGAAGCAGGGGCGGAUACAGGCUCUCAAGGGGGUACGGGAGAAUGAAAGGGAUGGAGGGGAGCAGGGCGGGGGGAAGGGGUGGCAGGAAGAGGGCGGCGAGCAGCAGGGGAGGGGGGGUGAGCACGAUAGGGGGCGGGAGCAGGGGGGGCAAGAGCAGGAGAGGAGGGGUCAAGAGCAGAUGAUGCAGGAUGCAGAGACGGUGGCGUUGCAGGAGGAGUUGAGGGGGCUGCUGAGCAGCACGGCGCAGACAGAGGCGAGGGUGAUGGAGCUGGCUGCUCUGAACCACCUGUUUGCCGUGCACGUGCUGCAGCAGAGCGAGCAGGUUCAUCAACUAUAUGCGGAGGCAGUGGCGGCAUCGGAGAGAAUAGACAAGGGCAACAAGGAGUUGAAGAAAGCAGCGUCCCACGGCAGCAGCCAGCGCACCUUCCUCAUCCUCUUCUUCUUUGUGCUGCCGCUCUCACUGCUCUUCUACGAUUGGUACGACCGCCGGCAACGAAUUGGAUUCGGGCUUUGGUAG